AUGUCUGCUUUGACUGUGGGCUUCGAUAGCAGUGGGAGUCCUGAACUGCACCAGACAGAUCCAUCUGGUACCUACCCGUCUUGGAAGGUUUUUGUAAUUGACUCAAGCAGAACUGGAACAAAUAUGGUGAACCCUUCGGUGUACGGUCUGCUCACACUAGAAGCUCUCCCUGUCGGCGUUGCAGCUGUCCUGCUGGAAGCAACAGGCGAGUUGUGCGCUGCGUAUCGCAUAGUGACAGCGAGGGAGUCCCAGUAUGAAAUGUACACAAGCCUCUAUAAGAUUGAUUACAGCAGGCCGAUGCAAUCGGUGGCAAUGCCAGAACUGGCUGCGUUGCAAGUCUCCUGCAACGACUACGCUUGCUUUGUGAGGGCAGUGAGCUGCACCUCGUCCCUCCUCAGCCUUUCUUCAGAUCCAGCCCUGGGAGCCAAGGUCAAACGAGACAACUUCGUCCCCUUCGUCCUUACAGGUAGGCGGCUGCUCUCUCGCCUUUUUGGCCUGCCCGCAAGUUCAGCUCCGUUUGGAUGUUUUUCUCCAACAGGAACUGUUCUUAUCAGAAGCAGUAAUGGCCAACUAAUGCUAGUAUCUCAACAAGCAAUAGCACGAGCACAGGGUGAGCCGCAAAAUAACACAACCAUAAGACCGUCUGUACCAACCAGCACACCUGCAAUCAGAAUAUGUGCUGUACAGAACUCCGGCACCCAGUUACUAAAGAAAGUAACAGCUACUCCGGUGAAACCAUUAUCUCAAACAAAAAAUGCUGUGGCUUCUACUGUUCAGCCACCUGCUGUAAUACAGCCAGCAGCUGCAACAGCUAGUGUUACUACAGUUACUGCUAUAAAGCCUUUGAGUACUGGAACACCUGUAAAACUUCCAGUUACAGGACCACCUGCACAAGCUAUCUCCCAAAAGGCAGUCUCUGUGAAAGCAGAGGGCACAACAGUAGCACAGACCAGCGCUUCUACAGAGAUGCUAGAGAAUGUAAAGAAAUGCAAGAAUUUUCUCGCUACACUAAUAAAACUGGCAUCUAGUGGACCUCAAGCCUCUGAGAUGGGGCAGAAUGUGAAGAAUCUGGUGCAAAAUCUGUUGGAAGCAAAAAUUGAACCAGAAGAAUUUACAAAAAAGCUCUAUGUAGAGCUCAAGUCGUCUCCACAACCCUAUUUAGUUCCUUUUCUCAAGAAAAGCAUGCUUGCUUUACGGCAGCUAAUGCCCAAUGCUCAGAGCUUUAUCCAGCAGUGUAUGCAGCAGCCAGCUCCAACCCAAGAUGCUGUUUCGACUUGUGCCUCUGCAGCACCAGCUCCUUCGAUAGCGGUGGCAACCUCAACUGUAGCAACAACUUCUAUUCCAGUUACAAAAUCAGUGUCGGCCUCUGUAACAGUCACAGCUACUCCAGUUAUAAAACCAGUCAUUGCCAGUGCGUUGGCGACAGCUUCUCUGCAGACUGUGAAGCCUAAGCCUAUUCCUUCCUCUGCAGUGGUGACAGCGUCUCUUCGGCCUGCAGCUUCAGUCCUCACCACAACGAUAGCAACAUCAGGGCUGACUACUAUCCAUACUGUCAAGCCAGUCUUCAGCUCUACCGUAGCAACAUCCUCUCUCCAGUCUGCAAAGCCACUACUGGUCUCUACAGCGGCAUCUUCAGCAGCAACCCCUCUCCAGCCUCUGAAACCAGUCAUUGGAACCCCAGUCAGUAUUAAAAUCCCACAGCCAAACUCCAUCGUGGCGCGUUCAGUGGGUUCUCAGCAGGUGGUUAAAGUGAAACAGUUGGUAGUCCAGCAACCAUCAGGAACCGUUGUAAAGCAAGUGUCUGCACUCCCGCAACCCUCAACACUGACCCUACAGACAUCUGCUGAGAAAAGGAUGCCGCUGAAUACGCUUGUUCAAACUAACCAAUUUCCUGCAGGUUCCAUUCUGAAACAAAUCACCCUGCCAGGAAAUAAAAUUCUGUCCCUUCAAGCAUCUCCUGUUCAGAAAGCUAAAAUAAAAGAGAAUGGACCAACAUCCUUCAGAGAUGAAGAUGACAUAAAUGAUGUGACUUCUAUGGCUGGGGUCAAUCUUAACGAGGAGAAUGCGUGCAUUUUGGCAACAAACUCUGAGCUCAUUGGUACAGUGAUCCACUCUUGUGCAGAUGAUCCUUUUCUCUCUUCGGAUGUGCUUCAGAAGAAGAUCUUGAACAUAGGUAAAAGGCAUGACAUUAUGGAACUUAACUCUGAUGUUCUGAACUUGAUCUCCCACGCUACGCAGGAGAGAUUACGAGGGCUCCUAGAAAAACUAACUGUAAUUGCUCAACACAGAGUAUCAACCCACAAGGGGAGUGAUAGGUACAUUGUAUCUAGUGACACCAGAGCACAGCUGAGAUUUCUUGAAAAGCUUGAUCAGCUGGAAAAGCAGAGAAAGGAUGAAGAGGAACGUGAAAUGUUGCUUCGAGCAAUCAAGAGCCGUUCCAGUAAAGAAGAUCCAGAGCAACUGCAGUUAAAGCAGAAAGUGAAAGAGAUGCAACAAUUGGAGUUAGCACGAAUGCAACAAAGAGAAGCCAACCUCACAGCUUUGGCCGCAAUUGGACCAAGGAAGAAAAGACCAUUGGAUUCAUCAAAUGUUGGAUCUGGGCUGGAGGGUUUGAACGGCAAUGGAAUUGCUCCUGGAUCAUCAGGUUUUAGACUUACAAAACAGCUGCUCUGUCCAAGAAUAACCCGUGUCUGUCUCAGGGACUUGAUAUUCUGCAUGGAACAAGAAAGGGAGAUGAAGCAUUCUCUAACCUUGUACCAUGCUCUUCUGAAGUAA